UGCUGUUGCUACAAAACCCUAAGAUGCCCCAGCCGUUAAUUACAGUUGAACAAGACCAAUCCUCCACAAAUCUGCUAUGCCAGGAACAACAACAGCGACAAGCACGCCGCUGGCGCGCACGCCUUGAGAUCGAUCGAAAACGACCAUGACGAGCAACGAGACACCGCGGAAGAGCGAGGGAGACCACCAAGACGUCUCAAAUGGUGCAAUACUUGAUGUCGAGAAAGGUGUUGAGACAGAUUGUGCUGGCGAACCUGUACCGGACAGGUUCCUGGUGGAAUUUGCCGACCCCAACGAUCCUGGAAACCCAAAGAACUGGACACCGAUGCACAGAUGGGGAAUCACGAUAUCGAUGGGUCUGAUGGUUUUCAAUGUUACGUUCGCGAGCUCUAUCUUCAGUGUCAAUAUUGGCGUAAUCGUGGAGAAGUUUGAUGUCGACCUUGUUACCGCCACCCUGGGUGUUGCACUUUUCGUCUUGGGCUUUGUGUUCGGACCUAUCGCAUUUGGACCCUUGUCAGAAGUCCUUGGUCGCAAAAUACCCCUCUUCUUUGGCUUUGCGCUAUUCGCUAUCUUCCAGAUCCCAGUCGCGCUCGCCCAGAACGUCGCGACUAUCUGCGUUGGUCGCUUCCUUGGCGGCUUCUUUGCCUCAGCGCCUCUAGCCGUAGUUGGAGGAGCGCUUGCCGACCUAUGGGACCCCAUUCCUCGAGCUUACGCCAUUUGUGUGUUUGCAACUGGCGGUUUUGCUGGCCCCGUCGCCGGACCUAUCGCUGGAGGCUUCAUCACUGAGUCACAUUUGGGCUGGAGAUGGACAUCCUGGAUCACUCUGAUCAUGGCCGGACUCUUUGGCAUCAUUGGAUUCCUCGUCAUUCCUGAGACUUCAGCUGCUCGGAUCCUGCAGCUGCGAGCUGCCAAGCUACGCAAAGACACUGGCAAUACCGCAUAUUAUUCCAAGGCAGACCAGCAGAAGCUGACGCUGAACACUGUGGUCAACGUCUAUCUGCGAAGGCCUUUCAUUAUGUUUGUGCAGGAGCCUAUUCUGGCUCUAGUCACUGCAUACAUGAGCUUUUUGUACGGCAUCGUCUAUCUGCUUUUCGAGGCGUUCCCAGUAUCUUUCCAAGAAGAACGUGGCUGGUCUCUCGGCAUCUCUCAGCUUCCAUUCGGUGCCUUCAUCGUCGGCAUUAUCAUGGGUGCUGGUGUCAUUGCAUACAGCACAGCUACCAACUUCACGCGGUCGUUCAAGAAGCACGGAAAGAGUAUACCCGAAGAGCGCUUACCACCAAUGAUUGUGGGUGCUAUUGCCCUCCCAAUCGGGUUGUUUUGGUUCGCGUGGGCAAGCAAUCCAAACAUUACCUGGGUACCACAGGUGCUUUCUAUCGCACUCAUCGGUCUCGGCUGCAUGGUGCCAUUUUGGCAAGGUCUGAGCUACCUCAUUGAUUGCUAUGGCUUCUAUUCGAACAGCGCCAUUGCCGUGAACACAUUUAUUCGAUCGUUUGCUGGCGCCUUCUUCCCGCUGUUCACGCAUACAAUGUACCAUAAUUUGGGUGUGCCAUGGGCGAGUAGUCUGUUAGGUUUCCUUUGCGUUGCUUUCCUACCAGUGCCGAUCCUGUUCUAUAUCUACGGAGCCAAGAUAAGAGAGAAGAGUAAGUGGGCACCAACAGCGCCAUAGGAGGGGCAUCUCUAGCACAUUACGCUCAAAAGCAAGGUCAUAUCAUCUCUCUUUAGAAGUCGCCAUGGUCAUCCUGUCUUCUAUCAGUCACGAAUCUCCAACGCCCUCAAACUUGCGACGCGCCUGGUCUUUGAUCGUCUCCCAUAACUCCUCGUCCUCGAGUUCUUUGAAGGCCUCCCAGUUCAUCUCAGAGAGCAA